CAUGCGAAGUCCUGGAGCACUCUUUGCAUCAAUGGAAUGGCCAGGGCGACGUACCCGAGUUUUUAUGCGAUUACCUGUGAGUGUUCGACCUCUAUCUCGAAAUGUUUAGUCAUCAAAUCAAAAAAUUCCUACUCUGUGUGUCAAUCCGCCCUCAACUCACACACUUCCGAUGCUCAUAUGCAUCGCACCCUAGUGUGCGACUGUUCCUUCCACAUCGUUCUCAAUUCCAUUUCCACGCGGAUGUUCGCUCGUUCCUUACGCGUAUUCACCUACCAGCCAAUUACCCUCAAGCCUUACAUCCAGCCUUCCUUAAUUCAGUUUUUCUGUUAGCGUGCCAUGUCUCUCUGUCAACCACGCGCAGCUCGGUUAUCGCAACUUACGAGCGAAUCUUCCUCCAGCGUACUCGCACCCAACUGGAGCAGUCCCUCGCAUAUGCAGACCGCCUAACACAUUUUCUUUGGGGAUCCGCAUUCCUUGGUUCGUAUUAUACACGUUGUGGGCGAUUCGUCGAGGCGUACAACACGAUAUCUGCAGCUGUUCGCUUUGCGGUGGGAUGUGGCAUAGAUGCAUUCUCGUUCCCUCAUAAUGGCGCGACCUGCCAACCGUUUGACAUGCUUCAAAGUGAUACGAAUUACGAGGUAGCAUUCAUGCACUUACAAUCUGGCAGUGUGCCAACUUCGCGAGAUGGCAAACUUCUGGCUCCAUCAAACUCUCCGGAGGAGCUCCUCAGGAGAAAUCAUCUCUGGGGUGCGAUUUUCCUUACCGACAGGACGCUGGUUGAGGCAUCCGGAAUGCCAUCAUCUGUCCCAAGAGCUGUAAGCGGCAAUACCUGCUACGCAUUUAGGACUUAUCCUGAUUCCUUUGUAGGCAUUGGACAUCAUACAUCAACAUGCUUUCAAUAUGACACUCGAGGAGCUAAUGACUCCAACGAUGCAUGAUUCCCAGCGUCACCCUUCCUUGUCCGGCCAUGUUGCGUUAGACUACGCUGGGAGUAUCCGCCUACGAGUCAAUGGCACCUGUCUCAUG